UUGCUUUUCCCGGCUUUUUGCUAAAACAAACAGAGGAGGCAACUUUUGGCUGACGACAGAAGAUUUUGCUCACUUUUUCGGAGAAUUUCCACUUGAACCUUGGUCGGACAAGGCAUUGACCGCUUAAGAAGGACUUGGGCUUUUCCAUUUUUUGUAAAUUUCUCUAAAACAACCCAUCGAAAAUGUCUAAAACAGUUUCGAAUGAAAACAACGUUCAUGCUCCACAACGAAGUCCCUGCAGACGACAGCAGGGUGGACAGAUUCAGGUGAUCUUUGGACCGAUGUUUUCUGGAAAAACAACUGAGCUGAUCCGUCGAAUGAAGCGGUACCAAGUGGCCAACAAGAAGUGCCUUGUGUUCAAGUACUCUGGAGACACCCGAUAUGACAAUGUCAGCCUCUCAACACAUGACCAACAAAAGCUGCCUGCAAUCUCUGCAUCCAAUUUGCUGGAGCACAUGGACAUAGCAAUGAUGUACGACGUCGUUGGUAUUGACGAAGGCCAAUUCUUUUCUGGUACUGUUGAGUUCUGCGAGAAGUUAGCUGACUGUGGCAAGAUGGUGGUUGUGGCUGCCCUCGAUGGAACUUACCAAAGACAGGGGUUUGGAAACAUCUUGCAUUUGGUGCCUCUGGCUGAGAGUGUCGAGAAGUUGACUGCAGUGUGCAUGAUGUGUUUUGGAAACGCCUCUUACACAAAGAGAAUUGGCAACGAGCAGGAGGUUGAAGUGAUUGGCGGUGCAGACAAGUACAUGGCAGUUUGCAGAAGUUGCUACCACAAAAGUCCAAGCAAAGCCCCAAGGUCUCCGCUCAAGCAAUUCAAUGACUUGAACAACAAGUGUGGAGAAGUAAUGGAGAUGUCAUGAGUGGCUGUUCCAAGUUUUAAUAUUACUCAAGCUCAGGUGUGACUAUUUUAGCAUUGAUUUAACAGUGAAAUGAAACGACAUAUAAUUUACCUUCUAGUGUUAAAAAAGAUUACUGCUCUAAGCAUGUUUGUAGCUUUGAAAAGUGUUUCAGAUUAUUUGAUCCUUGAUCGAUAAGAAUUUAUUUUGUAAACUUCAUAAUUUUAGCUGAAUUAAUAAAUGAAAAUAGU